CAGCCUCAGCUGCUGCAGCAGGGUGCCAAGCAGGCAGAGAAAUGAGAAAACUACCCAGCCAUGGGACGCUGCGCAUGACCAGGGUCAUGUACCCGCUGGGACUGUGCGUGGGCCUCUUCAUCUACGUCGUCUACAUCAAAUGGCACCGGGCUUCCACCACCCAGGCCCUCUUCAGCAUCUCUGGCGUGGCCCCGGGUGCCCCCUGGGGCCCGCAGGCCCACAGCGCUCCGGAGACAGCAGCAGCGGCACGAGACCUUGAGGUCUUCUACGGGAUCAUGUUUGAUGCCGGAAGCACUGGUACCCGUAUCCAUGUCUUCCGGUUUGCACGGCUGCCCGGAGAAACUCCCACGUUGACCCACGAAACCUUCAGAGCGCUGAAGCCAGGCCUCUCUGCUUACGCUGAUGACGUAGACAAGAGUGCCCAGGGAAUCCAGGAGCUGCUGGAUGUCGCCAAGCAGGACAUCCCGUUUGACUUCUGGAAGGCCACCCCUCUGGUGCUCAAGGCCACGGCCGGCCUGCGCCUGUUACCAGGAGUGAAGGCCCAGAAACUGCUGCAGAAGGUGGAGGAGGUGUUUAGGGCGUCACCUUUCCUGGUGGAGGAUGACUGCGUCUCCAUCAUGAACGGGACGGAUGAAGGCGUCUCUGCGUGGAUCACUGUCAACUUCCUAACAGGCAGCCUGAAGACCCCAGGGAGGAGCAGCGUGGGCAUGCUGGACCUGGGCGGAGGAUCCACCCAAAUCACCUUCCUGCCAAGCCUAGAGGGAACCCUGCAGAGCUCCCCGCCCGGCCACCUGACCGCCCUGCACAUGUUCAACAGGACCUUCCGCCUCUACUCCUAUAGCUACCUGGGGCUCGGGCUGAUGUCGGCACGGCUAGCCAUCUUGGGUGGUGUGGAGGGGAAGCCUGCCAGGGACGGGCAGGAGUUGCUCAGCCCCUGCCUGCCGUCCAAUUUCAGAGGGGAGUGGGAGCAUGCAGAGAUUACCUACCAGAUCGCUGGCCAGGAGACAGCCAGCCUGUACGAGCCAUGUGCCCGCAGAGUGUCCGAGGUCCUGCAGGACAAAGUGCACCGCACUGAGGAAGUGAAAGAUGUGGAGUUCUAUGCCUUUUCCUACUACUAUGACCUGGCGGCCAGCGUCGGCCUCAUCGAUGCCGAGAAAGGCGGCAGCCUUGUGGUGGGAGACUUCGAGACCGCAGCCAAGUAUGUGUGCCGGACCCUGGAGACGCAGCCACGCAGCAGCCCGUUCGUGUGCAUGGACCUCACCUACAUCAGCCUGCUGUUGCAGGAGUUCGGCUUUCCCAGGGACAAGGUGCUGAAGCUGACACGGAAGAUUGACAACGUGGAGACCAGCUGGGCUCUGGGGGCCAUCUUUCAUUACAUCGACUCCCUGAACCACAGACGAGCCCCAGCUAGGAGCAGCUGAGCCGCCUGGGCCGCUCGCAGCCAACAUCUGUGUCCAGGCCCCCGCCCUCCAACAGGUGACUUGAUCCUUGAGGAACCAGCGUGUGGGCCACAGCCCCUCCUCCCUGUGGUGGCCCCAGGACUCUGCGAGGGUCUGCACGCCAGCUGCCCCUGUGCAGGGCCAGAAGUGACUCUCAGGCCCUGCCUGGGCCCGCCCGCCCUCAAUUCGGGGGGUGGGGGACAGUAAGCCAGCCUGUGUUGUGUCCUGGCCCCAUCGUCUUAGUCCUUGUGGUUGUCUUUGUCACUGCACUCAUUGCCUCCGUAAGGCUGGCUUCCACCAUUCCCAGAGGGGCUCAGGUCUUGCCCUGGGAGCGAACCAGUGUCCUCCCGCUCAGGGAGGUGCUCCAGGUAGUCGCCCAGAGGCAGACACUCUGCACAUCCUCCUCACAGAGCAGAUAGGACGAUGUGCGGCGGUGGGCCAGCCUCUGCAGGGCCCGUGAUGCUGCUCCCAGGUGACUGGGCGAGCGUGGCUCAAGUGGCGUGUGUCAGUGUGAGAACUGCCUGAGCCCCUGUUUUACACACUGACCAUGUCCCGGGCGAAUGUGCCACUGUGUGAGCCGCUGGCAGCCUACAGGGAGCAGGACUCCAGGACCGCGGUGUCUGCUGCCGCUUCCCGGGUGAUUGUGCAAUACACACAAUAAAGAGGUUUACGAGGUC